AUGUAUUCCCUCAAACAACCUAGUUUUGGCACAGCCACUCCGUCUCCAUUCGCAGCGAAGUGCGAAAUAACUGUACAGGGUAGCGGCUGCCAGCGCCCAAUCACCUGUUUUCUUGAGAAGGUUCCUGUUUUGUCUUGUAUAGAGGACCUCUAUAUCCGGCAAGCAGUUGUCCUGAUUGAAGAUGCCAUAAACUAUCGCUCUAUAAAGCAUCACAUGGACGCAAAAGCCCUCAAACUCUACAGGUGGUACUACUCCAGAGCCUGGCAAUGGCUGCUGAGUGCCAUAAUAGUGCUCAUCCUGGGCCUGGCCUUUAUAGAGAGGCCCUCGUCCCUCUCUCUGACCUCCGACCUCCGCUAUAAGCAGUGUCCCUGGGAAGCCCCCUGUGGGCUCACUGAGGGCGUUGAGAUGCUCUGCCUGCUUACGUUCACAUUCGACUUGGCUGCUAAGAUCUACCUGAUUGGCUGGGAAGAGUUCUGGAAGUGCAGAUGGCUAAUCAGCUACAUGGUAGUCAUCAGCGUGUCUGCUGUUGACUGGACCCUAUCUUGGACCAUGCUUUGUGAAGAGCACAACAUUAGGAUCAGAAGACUUCUGCGUCCGUUUUUCCUCUUGCAAAACUCAUCACUGAUGAAAAAGACACUGAAAUCUAUCAAGAGGACUCUACCAGAAAUUAUGAGUCUCUUCUUGUUGGUGGUUCUGCACCUGUGUCUGUUCACCAUGGUUGGACUGCUGCUGUUUGCCAGGCAAGAGGAAUCAGAGUCAGACACAGAAUGGGAGACCUAUUUCAAGAACCUUCCUCAGUCCUUCACAUCUUUGCUGGUUCUACUCACAACAGCAAAUAAUCCUGAUGUGAUGACGCCAGCCUAUUCCAACAACAGAAUAUACUCGAUUUUCUUUAUUUUCUUCAGUAGCGUUGGGACAUUCUUCUUGAUGAAUCUGCUCACCGCCAUCAUCUAUAACCAGUUCAGAGGAUAUUUACUGAUGUCCAUGCAGACGUCCUUCUUGAGGAGGAGGAUGGGGAUCAGAGCUGCCUUCGAGCUCCUGAGCUGCCAGGGACCAGCACUCACACUCUCAGAUGAUCACAUCAUUGAAUGUGUGCAGGUGAAAACGCUGAUGAAGGUGCUGAGACGAGUCAAGAUGGAGUCUUACUACCGGCAAGCCAUCAUCAGAAAAGCCCUGCAAACACCCAAUGGCCUCAUCGAGAGAGAGGAGUUUCAGAUGCUCUUUGAUGAGCUGGAUAAAGACAGGAUUAAAGAGCACCCCCUGGCUCCAGAGUACUCCACUCGGUUCAUGAGGAGGCUGCAGCGGGGCCUGGGUCAUCACAUCAUCACCGUGGGAGGCAACGCUGUGGCUUUGGCCAACGUCAUCUGCAUAUGCACUAUUCUGAUUAUUGAUGCAGAGAAGCCUUUGUCUCAGCGAGAUGACUACUAUUUAGAGCUAAUAAACUGCUUCUUCAUUAUGUGCUACCUACUGGAAAUGCUAAUGAAAAUCAUUGCGUUGGGUUGGAGGGGCUACCUGUCCUAUGGAAGCAACGUUUUCGAUGGGUUUCUAACAAUACUGCUACUAGUCCUUCAAAUAUCUGUCUUUGCCACUUACAGACUCCCAUUUCCCAACUGGAAUCCUUCCCACAAAGGCUUUCUCCCUCUGUAUGAAAUGGCCCAUCUGGUGAACAUGCUGAUCGUUGUCCGCUUUUUGAGGAUUAUCCCAAAUAUUAAGCUGAUGGCUUUGGUGGCCAGCACUCUUGUGGAUUUGGUGAAGAACCUGAAAGCAUUUGUUGGGAUUUUAGUGGUUGCGUUCUAUGUCUAUGCCAUCAUUGGUAUUUGGCUGUUCAACGGAGCAAUUGCAUCUCCUGAAAAUAUGAGUUGUGGCUCAUCUCAGCUGAGGAAAGUCAAUAGCAAUGUCUCAGAAGUGUGUGGCUCAUAUGAACAGCUCGGCUACUGGGCCAACAACUUUGAUGAUUUUGCAUCAUCUCUGGUUCUGCUGUAUAAUGUGAUGGUAGUGAACAACUGGCAAGUUUACCUGGAAGUCUACUCAAGACACACAUCAGAAUGGUCAAAGGUCUACUUCAUCUCCUGGUGGCUUACCUCUUCCAUCAUGUGGGUUAAUGUAUUCGUGGCUUUGAUAAUAGAGAACUUCAUCUAUAAGUGGGACAAAGCCCAUCGCUCUUCUGUUCCUGAUGUGGAGACGGACUUGGAGACUACUGUCCAACUGAUGUUCAGGGAACAUAUCGCAGAACCCACAGAGGAGGAGAUCAUCAGCAGGCUUCAUGAUAACCCGCACCUUCACCUCACGCUGUAAUGCUCUACCAGCACAGUCAUCAUGCUUUCACUUUAAGAAAUUCCUAUUGACUAAAAUUAUGUUUUUGUGUCUGUAUAUGUGGGGAUAGGAUGUGAAAUCUCUUUGCAGAUUGAUGCCACGCUACUGUGGUAGCAAAGCCAUGAGAGCCA